AUGUUUUAUGUUUCUAUUUCAUUUUGAACUACGCGACGUUCGUAAUAUUUUUCGCAAUAAACGUUUUACUUUUUUGGGGGGAGGGGUGGGGGGAUUUUAGAGAUGCAAGUUAAUAUUAUUAAAUCGAUUUUCAAUUUAAUUAUGUUUUCUUUUUAAGAAUUGUGUUUAAAACCGAAAGUAACAGCACACAGUUCAAAAUGAAUUAGAAACAUAUAACACAUUAUUUUAGCAUGAAAUUCUUGCUAUGACUGACUCGGCCUAUUAAAGGUGUAUAUAAUUCGCUGUUUGAUAUUUAUACAAUUAUUUGUAUUUUAUGGUUUUUUAUAUUUUUAUAUAAUCUUUCCUGUUUAACGAAUUCUGUGUCAAUGAUAUUGAACAGAAAGGCACGAUUGGCAUUGCUGUUGGCAUUAUUUACAUGUUCAAUAUUCCAAUAAAAAACAGAAAAGUCAAAAUAAUGUUAACUUGAAGUGAAAUGGAUCAAAUUUGUCUUUUUUCGGUCAAAUCAUGUCCAAAAAGUAAUUUAAUAUUAAAUUGAUAUCAUUUUGACUUUUUUGUUAUUCUUCGAUUCAUAAUAUGUUAAUGUGAUUUAAUUUCAUCUUACAAUUCGUCACAUUUACUCUCUGUACACUUUAUACCACGUUUCAGGAAACGCUGUGUCUUUCGAAACGUAAAAUAUUUAAUCACAAUCUCUUGAAUUUUAGCAAUUUUUCUGAACAUUUUGGUGCAAACUUUGGAUAAUUUUAUGAAUAACUAUCUCCUGAAUCAAGCUGAAAUUUUAUACAUAAAUUGUAUUUAAUAUAAGAAGUAAAGAGUAUGCUAUGUAGUUCCAACUUCGAAAAAUAAAUAGUCGCUGCAUUUUGUCAAUAUGACAGGUUUCUAACUUGUAUAAUAUAAUCAUAAACUUUAAUGAUUAAUAUCUUAGUUUGCGACACAUUUUUCUGUCUGGUUUGUUCGUUUUGUGCAAAAAAACGCAACGACUAAACUUAAUUUCAUUAAAAUUGGAGGUAAGAGAGCUAAACUGAACAAUAGUCUUCUCACCUAUGUGUGGACGUCUUAACGUUAAAUAUAAAUUUUGUUUAUUUUCCAAAUUUGGGAUCACACACACUUUAUUCUUUACAUUGAAUAUUUAUGUGUAAAAUUUUAGAUCGAUCGGAUAGAGGAAGUAGUUCAUUCGGAAGGAGAGCCCAAACUUUAUUGCACUAGCAAUCGUUCUUCUCGAGAAAUACAGUGACUGUCAAGUAUCAGCGUUUCCCAAUAAUAACAAUAUCGUAUGUCACUUUUUCGGUAGCUGACCACAUGUUAUCAAGUCGAAGCGUUCCGAAAAAUACCGCAUCUGUACGAAUGUGAUGUAAUCAAGAUGCAAGAUCUGAUGCGCAGUUGACUUCUUGAUACUCGUACCCGGGAAGAACAUAUUGUUCGAACAGUUAUUAACAGUAUUAUAUUUAUACGUUUUUUUAAGUAUUCGCACCGUCACUACAGUUAAUCGCACUAGUGCUAGUGAAUUCCACUAGAUCCACAUAGAUCAGCAAGGCGCUGCGAACUGUGCAGCGAGCGUAAAUGUGAGUGCUCCAUUUGAAUACGAUAUGCUUUUAAUGCGACGUUAGCUUACGUACUGCUCCCAGGGGCAGUAUGUAAGCUAACGUCGCAUUAAAAGCAAAUCGUAUUUAAAGAGUGUGAUUCAUAUUUUGGAACCCCAAAACUAGUUAAAGUAAUUCAAACACAUAUUUUUGUAUUUUUACUAUGUUCGAAAGGUAUAAUUGAACUCGAAUUUUUGUCACGAUUGAUCAUGUUGAUGGCUACGUUAACAAAUAAAGUUGACAAUUUGAAUGUACAUUUUUUUAGUACUGUUUACGUAUAUGUAAAGUUAUAUUAAUACUGACUACAUUCUCAGUCUGAAAUGGCAAUCUGGGCAAUUGAAACAUAGUCGAUCACGACAAAAAUUUGAGUUGAAUCAGGUCAUAUCUCUCGGGUUUCGUCCUUCCUACGGGAAGACGAGAACCCACCAUCUCUGCAGUACAAAUAUAAAAUAAAGUGCUAUUUUUGCUAAAGUUUAAAUUACAGACUUAUUUUUUAUAAUUUUUAUAAUAAUAACUGUUAACAAACAAUGAAUGAAAAGUAAAAUCUUCUAAAGGUCACUUAGGGUCAUGACAACAAAUAUCAAGAUUAUCGGAGCGGAGUUUCUUAUUUGGUAUAUUUACCUAUCUUUUUGGAAAAUAGUACAACCCAAUUUAAAAUUUUUAAUUUAAUUAGGUAGAUGAUUUUAAGUGAUUACAAUGGCUACUUAUUUAUAGAAUAUUACAAUUAUUUAUAAAUAACUAUGGAAGUAUAUCAGAAUUAACUAUAAAACUAUGGAACUUUGAAUCUAGAUCUACUUUUAGUUUCCCAUAAAAUACUACAAUUUUCUAUGUAUAUUAAAAAAUUUAGGAACAAAUUUUUUUUAUAUAUUGACUGCGUACUUUUAUACCAACAUACUUUAUGUCAACAACAAUACAGACACAUUGCUUUAAAUGCAUUUAAUGCGGGAAAAAUGACACAUAAAAAUAUUAAACUAUUUUUGCAACAUAUGUUAUGUUUCAUUUUAUGUAUGUAAUGUGUGUAACGUUUCAUUUAAAAUAAUAGUCGUAGUGCUAAAAUAUACCGAAAACUUCGAUUUUGUCAUAAUUUUAUAUGUGAAAGCAAAUAUUUAUUUCAAUUUAACAACUUUACAUACCCUUUUUUAGACCUUUAUUUCACCUUUUAGACUUUCAGACCUAUUAACUUUGUAUUUGACGUAUAGAUUUAAUUUGACAUGUAUAGAUUAUUUAUUAAUUAUUUUAACAAAGGAGACUUUUCAGUAUUUUUUACAGAUUUGUUUUAUCAAUUAUAAAUGUUAUUAUAUUAAAAAACAUUUUUAUUUUAAUGUAUGUUGGAAGAAUUUUCAUGAUGUAUUUUCUUGCCUCUAACGUCAUUAAGGCGAUGCUGGAGUGACAGUAGAACUCAUUCGACGUCAGUAUUGUAAAUUUUUUUUACGAGUGAUUUGCGUUUGUGCGCAGGUAAGGAGAAUAGCACUAAGGCCAGGCAAAUAGGCUCUAACCUAACGCUCUUUAUUAAACGCACUCACGAAUACAUUACAUGUAUUUGUUCUUGUCUUCAACUUCAGCGCCAUCUGAUGCAAGAUCUUUCAACUAUUACGUUACACAUUACAAUUAUUGUUCUGUUAUUCUUCAAACUGAUUCCGCACGUCAUUUUACACAUAAAACUUUUAAAUUAUCAUUUGACUUAUACUAAAGCUUCUAGACUUAUUCUAAAAGCACAAAAUUGUUCUUUUGUUGUAAUUUUGAGAGUACAUCAUCCUUAUUUUAUACAUAUGUAUAAAGUCUCAAAUUUCUGUCGCGUAACAAAUGUUAAUUAACAAAAUUACAUUUUUAUAAUUUUUUUGUUUUUUAUAUUAAAUUGUAGCCUGCGCCUUUCAUUAUUGUCUAUACUUUAAUUUUGUAAAAGGAUUUUUCUAUCCGUGUCUUUAAUAAAAAAAACAACUGAUCCAAAUAUAUUCGCGUAUACAGAUGACUCCAGAAUUGCUUUAAUCCAAGAUGGUUACAAACAGGAGCCUUAAUUAAUAAAAUAAAAUAUGAAAUUAAAAUAUAAGCGUACUAUAAUUAAUAUAAAUUUAUAGUUUUGUUAUUAUAAAAUAUUGGUAUGGUAAUCAAACUGAAGAUUAUUACCAUUGGAUCGAUUUGCUUGGACUUAGCGAACCGACUAAUCGCAAUUGGGCAGGAGAAGACAAAAACUAUGUUACAUAUCGCGAAUUUCUAUUAUAUCUGGAAGAGUAUCAAAAAACUAAUAUCUCGAAGAUUAAAGUACAAAAAAAUCUAGCAAAACCUGUACCAGCCAAUUCUUCUCCCAAAGAUAAUUCAGAAUUAUCUCUAGAAAGAACAUAUGUGGAUUGCAAUAGAAAUCGUCGUUGCAUAGAUUCAGCCGUGUUAGAACAAUACAAUACAAUGCAAACUAGAGAACCAAGAAAGUAUGAAUCCAAAACCGCUUCAUCGCGUAUGGUAAUGUCACCUGAAAUUUUGACCAAUUGUCUCAGUAAUAUGGGGAGAAAUAAUAAUAUAAAAACGGUUAUUGAUAAAUCAAGACAUGAAAGCCGACAAGAAAGAAAUAUUUUUAACAAACACUGGGAGCAAAAUGUUACAUUUCCCAUCAAGAAACAACAGAAAAUGAUGAAAAAAUUAAAAUGUAUGGAAGAUCAUAUCGAUUCAGCUAAAUCUGAAGAAGAAGCGGCCACUAUGAUACAAGCUACGUACAGAGGAUAUAAAGUUAGAAGAAAAUUUGACGAAAUGAAGAAAUCGUCUUUAGAAGGAAAACAGAAUGCUCAAAAAGUAGCCGAGCUGUUAUCUAUGACGACAAAUCAGUGGGCACUUAAAAAGUCAUUAAAUCCAGCUAAAGCAUUCAACAAUAUUACGAAUUGUACUAAAAACACACUACAAUAUAAUUGAGAAACAUUGAAAUUAAUUGUGCAAUGUAAUAAGUGUUUAGUAAUAAAUAUAUACAAACAUAAAU